CAACGCAGUCGCGAGCGCCAUACAGCGGUGCACGCGUUCUGUGCAUCGAUUGGCGCCGUCAGCAGCGCUCUCUCGGGGCGGCCGGCGUUUUCUCGGCACUAUCGAUCGGGUCUUUGCAUGAACGCUCGUGUCCAUCCGUUCGCCGCUAGUUGGCUGGCCGGUAUCGCGAAUUCGGCGCCAAAGGUGCCAGCGGGUCCUACGUGCGGCAAGGUGCCGAAGCACGUACGCGCCCGGACGUCUGCGGGCAACCCAACCCUUCCUUGGCGCCUGUGAGCGGUGUGCCCUCGAGCCCGUCGUUGAACGGAGUGAAAGGAAUCGCUCAGGUUCUGAUGCCGGAAACAUUCAGCUGACGGCAUGGCUGCUAAGAAGGCCUGCGAUGGCAAUGGGACGGGAGGCCCGCUGUCCCGGCCGCUGCUCAAGCGCACCGACACCGAGCUCAGCAUCGACCAAAGCGGCCUGCAGCGACUGCUGCCCCGCCGCCUGCGGUUCCUGUUCGCGGAUGCGCAGGCAGAGAGCCUCUACCUGGACUACUACCGCCACCAGAAGUGGCUCGACUUCAAGGCGUGGAUGGCCACCGCUUUCUUGUGCUGCAUAGCUCUUGUCGCCGUCGCCGUGACCCAGUGGUUCGUCAGCCUUGAUGGGGCUGCGGCCGGCCCGCCCUGGUGGUUCUCACCGUUGCUUCUCGGCCUGCAGACCUUGUCCUUGAUUUUGCUGCUGGUACUGUUCGUGUGGCCGCGCGCAUCCUAUGCCGGCGCGUGGGCCGCGCUACCCGCCGUUCUGGUGCAGCUGUUGCAAGUGAUCUGCGCCGCAUUCAUACAAUCUGACUCCACGGUGUGGGAGGACGCCCUUCCGUGGAUGGUGGUGUACUCGUUCGCGGCCCACGUGCUGCUGCCGUGGCGCGUGGUGUCGGCGUUGGCAGCCUCAGGCACCCUGGUGGCCGCCCAGGUGGCUCUGUGGAAAGGGCGGCCACCCGCGGCGUCGCUGCUGCUACUGGCUAGCGCCAACCUGCUGGGCCUACUAGCCUUCCUCUGGGUAGAGCGCAUGCAGAGACGGGCCUUCCUCGAGACGAGGCAGUCACUCGAGGCCAAGCUGGUCGUCGAGGAGGAGUCACAAGAGCAAGAGCGGCUGCUACUGUCCGUGCUGCCAAAGCACGUGGCGGCCGAGCUGAAGCAGGACCUGGACGCCGUAGUGCAGGGGCCCUUCAAGAAGAUUUACAUGAGCCGCCACGAGAACGUGAGCAUCCUGUUCGCCGACAUCGUGGGAUUCACCGCCUUCUCGUCCACCUGUCCUGCGGCGCAGCUGGUUCGCACGCUCAACGAGCUUUUCGCGCGCUUCGACAAGCUGUCCGACAAAUUCCACCAGCUGCGCAUCAAGAUCCUUGGUGACUGCUACUAUUGCGUGAGUGGCGCGCCAGAGGAGCGGCCGGACCACGCUGUGCUGUGCGUCCACAUGGGUCUCAGCAUGGUCGAGGCGAUUCGCUCGGUUCGCGACCAGACCCGCAGCGGCGUUGACAUGCGCGUGGGCAUACACACCGGUGCCGUGCUCGCUGGGGUGCUCGGACAGAGGCAGUGGCAGUACGACGUCUACAGCAAGGAUGUCGUGCUCGCCAACAAGAUGGAGAGCGGCGGAAUGCCAGGGCGGGUUCACAUCUCGGAGUGCACGCUGAGCUUCCUUAACGGAGAGUUCGCCGUGGGACCUGGAGACGGAGGUUCUCGAGAGGAGGCACUUAGACUCGCAGGCCUCCAGACAUUCUUCAUCACAGAGGUUCUCAAGCCGUACCCGGAAGGCACUCUCGACUACGGCAAGCAAAUGGAAGAUGGACAGCCGCCGAACGUGGGCGGCGCAGGCACCGAGGCAUCAACAAGUGACGAAAAGGAGUACCGGCGUCGCUUGCACAAAGAGCUGCUCGAGAGAGACACCGAAAAGGAGCUUCGUGACCACGCUCACCCAGUAAGCCUAUCAUUUCGCGACUCGGAGCUGGAACGCCAGUUCGCCAGCACCAGCGACAGCUGCAGCUGUGUCUCACUCGCCUCCUGGCCUUUGGUGGCGCUGGCGUCGGCCGCUGCUUACCCUCUUGCGUCUUCUGGACCCGCGUGCGGUGCCUACCUCACCGGACUGGUGUUGCUGUCUGCGCUGCUCGCACUUUGUGUCCUGCCCUUCUUCGCAAAGGCCCCACCUCGACCCAUGAGAGUGGUGUCAACAGCGGUGCAGAGCAGGUCCUGGGCUCGGCUGUUGGUCUCUCUCACGGCGGUGGCGCUCUGGGUGUCACUACACUUAGCUGCAACGCUGCUGGGCGCCAGCAAUGGAAUUGACCAGCCGAGUACAGCGGCCGAAGGGAAGCUGGUGGAUGAGGAGGGCUUCCCCAUAGUCCUGUCGUUGAACACAGCUCGCCACUCCAUCAGUGUUGCGGCGCUAGCGCUGGUCGCCGUGGCGGUGCUCGUGCGGCUGAGCUACCUUACCAAGAUAGCUUUCCUGGCUUUGUUGUGCGUGCUGCAGUGCGCACUCUGCCUCCUACCCCCACUCAGCAAACACUUCAUGGCAGCGUCACUCGAAGUCGUCGAGCUGGUCGACACGACAGAAACCCCAACAACCGCUCUGCCUGUCGACCAGCCAAAACUUGAGCAGUGUCUGCUAAGCCAUGCUGCCGUGCAGCUCAUCUACCUUGUUGCGAUAGGCUUGGCGCUGGCAGUCAUCUCAAGACAGUUCGAGCUGACGUCCCGGCGGCUGUUCUUAUGGAGGAAGGACGUGGAGGAGCAGAAAGAGAAGGUGGCCGACAUGCGGCGUAAGAACGAGGCGCUCGUCUACAACGUGUUGCCUCCCCACGUGGCCAAGGUGUUUCUUGGGCGGCGUAGGCUCGACGAGGAGCUGUACAGCAAGAGCCACGACUCCGUGGGCGUCCUGUUUGCGGCCAUGCCCAAUUUCUCUGAUUUUUACACCGAGGAGUCUGUGAACAACCAGGGACUUGAGUGCCUUCGCUUCCUCAACGAAGUCAUCUCCGACUUCGACGCCCUCCUGGAGCAGAAUCGAUUCCAGGACAUCCUCAAAAUAAAGACCAUCGGCUCGAGUUACAUGGCUGCCAGUGGACUGAGCAAAGAGGACGAACCCAAGGAUGGUGCCAGCAUACAGGAGAGGUGGGGCCACUUGGCGCAGCUGACAGACUUUGCGCUCGCUCUCAAAGACACGCUCAACAACAUCAACCGGGAGAGCUUCAACAACUUCGUCCUUAAGAUGGGCAUCAACCAUGGACCCAUUACUUCUGGCGUGAUCGGCGCCCGCAAGCCACAUUUCGACAUUUGGGGAAACACGGUGAAUGUUGCCAGCCGUAUGGAAAGCACCGGAAAGGCCGGAAACAUCCAGGUGGUCAAAGAGACGGCUGACAUUCUGGAGACGUUCGGCUUCACGCUCGAGCAGCGGGGCUUGGUGUCGGUCAAAGGUAAAGGCAUGCUCAUGACCUUCUAUCUGUUGGGCAAGAAGCCGACUGCCCAGCAAUCCAGUGCGUUGGCGGCUGCCACACACGUGCACACCAACCCGCUCGCUCAACAAGAUGACGACCCAGGCGUCAAAACCGAAGAGCCGAUUGCGUCGCCGCAGGACGCUAAGACAGCGACGCCCUCUGCGGAUGUCUCCGUGACUACAAAUAAUGGCAUGGAAGUGGUCAGCACGGUAGCAGCGCAUACCCUUCAACAUCAGCAGCAGCUGCCCAACGGCGCAGGUCCCACAGUUGUCGCAACGGCGGCGAGCCCGAGCUGAGCGACGCCCUCCAUAAGUCUUGGGAAAGCUCACAGGAGCCGUGAUCGUCAUCGUCACCAUGGUGCUACCAUCCCCAGCCCCACGGCUGACUUCAGCUACGCGUCCCGCCCUGCUGCAAUUUCCCAGCUAGGCCUCAAUAUGUCCCAGGCGUUCCAAGACGGCGGAAGCAGCCACUCCGUUGAGGCAUGCCUGCCCGGUGCCGCCACCUAGAGACCAAUACACCACGCAUCUUAUCUACCCAGAGGCUGCUCUUCAAAUACACCACAAUUCGCCGGUCCGGGUUACUAACGUCGCUCCAACAGUUCCUCAAAGUAGUGGACGUGAGUGUUAGGCUGCCUUUAGGAAGAACGGUCGGAUGCAAAGAUGACUGCAGUAAAAAUGAUAGGCGAGUUGGUUCAUAUUCAUCGCGAAAUUUUAGCGCGCACGAAUGACAAGGACACAGAGUACGGAGAAAAAUUUGUCCUCUACACUGUGUCCUUGCAUUUGUGCACGCUGUAAUUUCGCGAUGCAGAUAGAAUUCUAUGACCUUCGUUCACCCGUCCUAACUACUCAAGAUGGCGAUCGCGGGCAGUAACGUCAAAGUGCAUUCUAUCCACCUUCCCUGCCCAUCCUUAUAGCAUGCCGCGGGUAGACUGUCAGCUCGAUGUGUAUGUAAACACUCGCCCUAAGUCAAAACUACUGUGAUUAACCAACAUAAGUGGAAGGAAUUUCAUUGAUCUUUCGUUCUGUUUUUGUUGCUGUUCAGAAAACGAGGCUGUCGACUUUACCACGGCACCGUAUUUUUAUGAGCAUGUUUUAAAAACAUUUUGGAUGCACAUUGUAUAAAAAACACUAACCUGUGUGUAUUCCAAUAGUGCGUCGUGAGUGACGUGCCUGUUCUCAUUUUAAAAUUGGCAUGUAUAGAUAUCUGCCUUCGGCAGACCUGUGUAAGCUGAUUGUUGUCAUUGCGCUCUUCUUGUACAUUAAUAUCAGAUUAGCGUUAUAAGUUAUCUACUCGUUUCUGUUACUUCUAGCCUCAUUCAUUAGUAACAGAAAAUAAGUUGUUCACGUUCAGAUUUAUGUGUGUGAUAGAAAUAUUCAGUCUGAAUGCGCGCAGAUUCUCGUAAGCCCACAACAUUUGGGCUACUGUCGUGUUGCCUUCAGCCACUUUGCAGUGCCGCCUUAUGUCAAGUAGCCAAUUGUGUACAGGUUUAGUACCUCAGCUUGUACCACGUGGGCCUGCCUCGUAGUUCAUCUCUGAUGCUGCAUUCAUGAGAAACGGUUCUUUUAUUUGCAGUCUAAUAUGCUCCCUCAGUAAAACCAGCAUAUUCGUUUACCGUGAAAAACUAUUACCUUUUUGUCUGGGACUGCAGUGAUUACUGCAUCCAAGUGUUCGCUGAUGUGCUCCCUUUUUGCUUCUCUGAUUGUGUUGACAUACAACCAAGCGCAUAUAUUACCAUAGAAAAACAUUUGAUGAUGUUGCUUCAAUUACGAGCAUCAGACGUUCGCGUGUUGCCUUUAAUGUUCAUGGAGCACGCUCUAUCUACACACUUGCUCUAACCAACGUGAAACAGCAGUGCGCGCGAUCAGUAUUCUGGUAACAGUACGACACAAUGUGCCUGCCCUGGCAAUCAAGGCUCUCACCAGUAUGUAUACGUCAGACAUAUUUAGCGUAGAAUGGACACAGGACUUCCUCUGUCCUUCUUGCGCUAAUUAAUUAUAUCUGAAGUCAAUCCGCACUAACUAAGCUUAACUCGAAUCAACCAGUCUGCUCUCGCCUGGCGCAGUUGUCAAAAUGGUCGUUUCUCUUCGAGUGAGAGGCCACGAAAUCCUUGUACUUUGCAGACACUUAGGCCAGUUGAUCAAUCAGAGCACUGUGAAGGUUACGUUAUCUGAAAAAGUAGACUGUUACAUGAUACACAGCAUCCAUAUUUUUUCGCAAUUGAACAUACUAUAAUUACGAAAUUAGCACAUGCACGCGCAGUCACAUUUUGACACUCUGUGACUUACUAGACAAGGUUUUUGUUCUUGCGAUGAAAUAGCCACGUACGUGUGGUUUUUGGUAUCAAAUUAGAUUAAUAUUCAGCAAUGCGUGAAUCAAGGAAAAAACAUUUUUUGAGGCAACAGCCUUAAGUACCUUGUUGCGCGACCCCAUGAGAGAAACACAGCAGGCGAAUAAAGUAGUACAGAAACCCAUGUGACCUACGUCAUUCGUGACGACAUGAUGCCAAGUCAUCACGUGACGUAGUCACGACGUACAUGCAAGCACAAAUGCAACCAAUGUAAUGUGAAACAAUACACGCACCAACCCCUUGCACUGCACCACAAUAGAUGACCCGGUAUAUGUGAGCACCGUAUCUGGUCCUUGCAUGCAGUGCCAUUGGGAUACUUGUGUUUUGCGUAAUGAAGGAAUAAACAUGAACAGCGUACGUGUAAAUUUAUGGUGGACUGAGAAGUAGCCCUGUAGCACAGCGACCUGUUAUUAUAAGUCCGUCUAAUAUCCAACGCCUUUCAAGGCGAAAGCCU